GGCAACUCCAGUAUUUUCAACAAAGAAUCAAUUCCUAUACUCUCAGAAGGCAUUCGACGUUGUCAAUAUGAGUGGAAAGCUAGACAUCCUAGUCUUUGGGGGAACCGGCCUCAUCGGGCAGUACGUCGUCAACGCCCUCCUCGCAGCGAAGGAGGACUUCGGCCGUUUAGCCAUCUUCACGUCGCAAAGCACAGUGAAUACCAAGGCCGAUUCCAUUCAAUCUCUCAGAGAGGAUGGGCUUGAGAUCAUCGUGGGAGAUGUCAGGAGUGAGGAGGAUGUGUUGGAGGCAUACAAAGGGUUCAACACCAUCGUCAGCGCAGUCGGCAGAAAUGUCAUAGCAGAGCAGAUCAACCUGAUUCGCCUCGCCGAGCAGUCCCCAAACAUCAUACGAUUCUUCCCUAGCGAAUUUGGGACGGAUAUCGAAUACUUCGACCAUUCCGUCAAUGAGAAGCCUCAUCAAUUGAAGCUAAAAGUACGGGCAUAUAUCAAGGAGUCCGUGAAACGGCUAGAGCACACAUAUCUAGUUACAGGCCCUUAUGCGGAUCUAUACCUUGGGAAUAUGGGCAGCAGCCCGAUGGGAUCGUGGAAUGUCAAAGACCAGAAAGCGAGGCUUUUGGGGAGUGGAAAUGACCCGGUAUCUUUGGUUACCAUGUCCGACGUUGGUAAACUCCUCGUCGGAGCCCUCAAGCACCCAGACGUGUCUCGCAACCGGGCUUUGAAGGUGAACUCCUUCACUGCCACACCCAACCAAAUAUUAGCCGAGUUUGAGCGCCAGACGGGAAAGAAAUGGGAGGCUUCAUACACAUCACUAGACGAGUUGAAGCAAUUAGAAAAGGAAGCCUGGGACAAGGGUGAUCCCAUGGCUACCGUGUUUACCUUACGGAGAAUCUGGACCGAAGGAGGAACUCUAUACGAAAAGCGAGAUAACGAAGAGAUAGGCGUCACAGACAGCGACACGCUCGAGAUUGCGGUAGCCCAGGCUAUCGAACAUGACGCACCAGGUUUUAGGAGCGGUAAGUCGUAG